UUCGGCAGAGUACGUGCUAUUCCUAUCGUUUUAUUUUUUUCUUUAUUUAUAGGACUAUCCCAUUUUUGUACUUGAAGUGUUUUACUUACUUACAAUACAUAAACAUCCCUUUAUUUUAAAUUCUUGCUAUAUAGCUAAGACCAAAAGGGACGGGGCGAAAUUUGACCGAUAGCUUUUUAGGUUAAGUUACCGGGUCAAACAUUUAAAUCUGUUUAUUAAUUAUUCUCUCUAUUUGAGUAAUUACUUUACAAAAGUAUAGUCGGAAAUGUCUUUACACGACCGCUACACAAUUCUGCUAGACAAAUGCGUAAGUUCCUUAACAACCUGGAAAAAUCUCAUAAACGAAACCUUGGAAGAUGGGGAUCUUGAAACAGAAACUGUCCGAAUCAAAGAGAUGGCCAAAGAAUACUGCAUUAUCGACAAUAAUCACAAAAAAUCAGAGAACGCCAUAAAAGCCCUAGAAGACCACAUGUCUGAUCCUUCACAAAGUUAUGAUAUUGAUGACUUGUAUAGUCAAAAGUUUAUGGAACAACCUGACAAGGACCCAACUGAAAAUGAAAUCUGGCGGCAACUAUUUUGCGAUGAUCUCUCUAUUCAGGAAGUGAAAAUGAUCAACAAAAACAAGACUGCAAGUCAGUAUGAACAAGUGGACGAUUCAUUGCUUUGCUCAACAUCAUUUGCUCCACCAGUAGAUCCUAUUUCGAAAACGAUUAUCAGGAAACCAAUUAGAAACAAAAGAUGCAAUCAUGUUUAUGAUAAAAACUCUAUCUAUGACUAUAUAAGGCAGUCAAAGAAUAAAGCUAAAUGUCCUUAUAUGGGAUGUAGGAAUAAUAAAUUGUUGGUACAGCAUCUUGUCGAGGAUGGGAGUUUAGAAGAACAAAUUUCUCAGUUUCUUGCCAAUCAUCAAAGUUCUGAUGAAGAUGAUUAGAAUAUGAGUUAAUUUUGAAUGAUGUUGAGCUGAUUUUUGUAUUUAAGGUUUUUGUCAGAUAAGCUUGUACAAUUAAUAAUUUAAAUGAAAGAAUAUACCAUUGACUGUACUCUAAUAAAUGUUUAUUUUUGCUA